AAACGAAUUUGGAAUUUAUUUGCUAUCUUGUUGUAUUCAGUGUAUUCCUUUGCCGGUUCAACUAGUUUCACUGAAGUGAUUGUUUCAACAGAACUUGGACAGAUUAAAGGUUUACAGAUGGAUUCAAAUGGCAAGCCCAUGCAAAGUUUCAUUGGAAUUCCGUAUGCUGAACCACCAAAGAGAUUCGAAAAACCGAAUCCAAUGAAAUCUUGGGAAGGUAUCAUAGACGGCACAAUAACAGGGGGAAGAAUUUGCAGCCAAGUUAUUUCCGACUGGAUGGUCGAUUUUCUUCCAAGUGCAGAUGUAAGUGAAGACUGUCUUUUACUAGACUUAUUUGUUCCGGUGUCCGAAACACCCUCUAACAAAGCAGUCGUUAUUUGGUUUGCCGGUGAAAAAUUUGAGUUUGGUCAGAGAGGACUUAUGGCCACGUCAGAUUUAGUUUUGUACGGUGAUGUGAUUAACGUAGUUGUGGCGUUUCGAUUAGGUGUGUUUGGAUUCCUUUCAACUGGUGAUUCUGUUAUUCCGGGAAAUUUUGGAUUAUGGGACCAGAAAAUGGCAAUAGAAUGGGUUAAGUCCAAUAUAAAAGCAUUUGGUGGUGAUCCCUCUCGGAUAACAAUAGCAGGCUUUCAAUCUACUGGAAUAUCUACUACUUUCCAAGCAAGUAGUCCUCUAAAUGUCGGAAAUUUUCAAAGGAUCAUGCUAUUCUCUACAGUUGCUAAUACACAUGGGGCUAUAUGGAAAGAAGCAGAAGAAUAUUCACAAGUUCUGGCAAAUCAGUUAUGCCCCGACGCAUCUCAAAACAGUGUGGUGUUUACUUCAAAGCAAAUAUAUGAUUGUUUAAUGUCCAAAACUGAAAGUGAAAUUUUAGAAGAAGGAGUAACUGCGAGUGCUAUUGUUUUUCUUAAUUCAGACAGUUUUUGGUAUAAUUUUGGACCCGUUGUCGACAAUCAAUUUAUUCUACCUACAAUCGACUUCAAAUCUCUAAUUCCUGUUGAUGUUUUGAGCACUUUAUCUGAAUAUGAAAACUUUAUCAAUGUUUACGAACAAUUAGCACCACUACAAAGUACUUAUAACUUUGAAACAAGCCAGAAGAUACCAAAGACUGUAUUGUGCAAUUAUUACAUUCCAACUAUAAUCUCUCCAUUCUAUCAGACCACAAAAAUAGACGACCUCAAAAAUUUUAUAUGCGACUGGUACUCGUCUAGUGUUGAACUAGAGCAAAGUCGUAAUGUUCUUAGAGCAAUAGGAGAUUUCUUUACAUAUGCACCAGUAACAGAUUUACUGAAUACACAUGUAAAAACAUACUCAAAUAAGAGAGUUUAUCUUUCGUUUUGGUCAGAGAUAUCGCCAGCAAAUUCGUUUAUGCAAGGCAUUGAAUGGAUGAAUGGAACUAUCGAUGUUGACGGAAUGUUGUACUUAUUGCAAACGAAAACUUUACACACUUAUAACCCAGAUAUGUUUCCAGACUUUCUUAUAUCUCUUUCAGACUCUGCUAUAAAAUAUUAUAGCAAUUUCAUCAACACCGGAAACCCGAAUGAUGACCAACUGACACAAACAUGGCCACAGUAUUUACCAGACGACAAAGCAUUUCUCAAAAUGUCGGUAAAAAUGUCAACAGGCUCUAAUCUCUUUCAAGACAGAGUCAAUUUCUGGUUAAACGAUGUACCAAAGUUUUUGAAUCCGACAACGACGAAAAUAUCAACAACAACAACAACAACAACAACAACAACAGCAGCAGCAACUACUACUACUACUUCUACCACUACAACACCAAAGCCAGAAACAACAACGACGAAACGUCCACUCGUUAUACCAAAAUCGACAACUGCCAAGUACGACCCAGCAAAUUCGUCGGUUACAACAACCCACUUAACAAAACUUCUUUUUGCAUCAUUUAUGCUUAUAUUGUUAGUGGCGUAUUUCUGAUUUGUUAUUCCUUGAAUACGUUUUUGGCAGUUUUUCUCAUGAACGGGAUAAAACCACAGGCCAUUUGGCAUGGAUCAAGUUUUUCUAAGACCCAUUGGUGUCCUUGGGCUGUUUUCUGCUCUUUGGUUGGGUUGUUGUCUCUUUGACACAUUCCCCAUUUCCAUUCUCAAUUUUAUUUCUAUUAACGGUGUGAUUUUUACCAAUAUUUUGUUUUAUUAUUAUUUCAAGUUAUUGUCAUUCAGUCUUGUCUGGAACAUUAGAGAAAUGUGCCACAUAUUUACUGCUGUCUUUUUUAAAAACUGUAUAAAUUUGCGCAAGAACUUGUUAGAUAAAAUGAAAUAACUUGGAAAUGAUGAUAAUAAUAAACUAUUGAUUAGCAUUAUUUUCAGCUAAAAUAAACAGAAAAAUAGCACUUGAAAUAAAGAACAUGCUAACCAAUGGGAAACUUGUCAGUAGAGAACAUUAAAAAAGGUAUCAAUUAAGGUAAAAAAACUCAAUAGUUUGUGUAGAUCGAUAACCAUAAGGAGAUUAAAAUUUAUUUCGAAACCUCAAUUAUAGAUUGUUUUACGGUUGAACGAAGUUCGAACACGGCUCAUAGUAUGGUGAUAUCGGGCGGAUGGGCAGGCUGGUGGGGGAAAAGUAGGUAACUAAUUUAUGCAAUCAAGCCCUCCUGCAGUUUUCAGCCAAUAUCCAUUAAAAUUCACAGAUAUAGUGCACACCUAUUGAUUUUUUAACUUGCUAUAAUGGAAUUGUUAGGGGAUUUAUUUUUAAAAGACUUGGGAACUUAAUAUUUUUUUCAGCUAAAUUAACAAAAUAGAUAUCCAUUUUGUGUUGUUCACUCCUCCUACAGUUUUCAACCCAGAUCCUUGAAACUUCACAGAUAUAUUACAAACCUAUUUAAAUUUUGCACCUGCUAUUCAUGGAAUUGUUUGAGGAUUUGUUUUCUUCAUUUUCCAUAGUUACGAGCUUAGUCAUUUUUCACAAAAAUUUAUUAAAGACAGUACGUAUCUUGUGAAAUCAACUCGUUUUAUAUAGUUCUAUAUCUAGAUCCUUGAACCUUAACUGAAUUUUUGCAAACCUAUUUACUAGGUUGUUCGGUUUUAUUGCGGUGUUGUUUGAAAGUUUUGCGUUAUCUGUAUAUCAUGAUUUAAUAAAAUUGAGAAUGGAAAUGGGGAAUGUGUCAAAGAGACAACAACCCGACCAAACAGCAGAUAACAGCCGACGGCCACCAAUGGGUCUUCAACACAGAGAAAAUCCCGCACCCGGAGGCGGGCUUCAGCUGGCCCCUAAACAAAAUGUGUACUCGUUCAAUGAAAAUGGACGUCACACUAAACUCCAAAACAUAUAAAUGAAAGUUACUAUUAAGUAUUUAAAUUAACCCAAUUCAGACCAUCCUUUUUUGUAUCAUAUAGCAACUACAUUAUGUCUUCAUUGAAUUAGUAUGAUAUCAUAUGAUCAUUAUGAUUGUGUUGUCCUUUAUAUGUUUUAGAGGUGUACAUGAUGACAUGUAUGAUCAUUGUAACCUGGGACGUAAUAUGAUUUAUAAAAUUUUAUAGGCCAUGAAAAAUGGGAAACACUUCAAACGAAAAAGCUAACGGCCUAACUUAUAACUAUUAUUAAUUAUAAUUACAAUAAUUUAAGUUGAUGAUUCACAUAGACAUUGCAGUUUUAUUUGAUAAAAAGCAUAUCACGACAGUUUGUGAGAUUUUUAACCAUGUAUCAAUUCACAAUCAUACAAGCUUAAUAUUAUACGCUGUAAAGACGGGGAAAAAAAAUGUAAUUAAGGUGAUAUUGAGAAUGAAUUUUAUUUUCCUUCAAAAAUGAUCAAAUAUGCUAACAAAUAGAAUCGUUACAGUAUACUAAAAGGUAUUAUUAUACAAUUGCAUCUGUUUUUAAAUUGUUUAUUCACCGUUAACAUAGAAUGUAAAAAAUAUUGUCUAAUUAGGAAUAUAUUCUCAAUACGCCACUGUAAUAUGUAAUAUUCUUGUCUCCAGUUGUAUCAAAAUUGUUUUGCAGUAAUUUAUAUGCAUAUAUUCAAUGACACUAGUAUACGUAUAAGCUAAGCUGUAUUGUUUUCUAUUAGAAAUAAAGUAAAUUAAUUCUUAAA